UUAUGGGACAGAGAUGGGAGAGGUGUGCCGUUUCUUUAUCAGCCUAUGACACUGACACAGCGGCCAGGAUGGAUCUAACCACACGGAAAAUGAUGCUUCUGAUCGGUCUCAGCUGCCUCUGGCUCCAAGUGCUUUCAGAGGUGGUAGCUGAUGACAGUUAUUUAAACGAGGUGCAAAACACAGCCCCUCUCUCCUGUUCGGAGGGUUUUACAGAGCUGGGUUACUAUAACGGCUCUGUGUCUCAGACGGACUCUGGCGCUCUCUGCCUGCGGUGGACAGAGUUUCCAGACUACGUGCUGCAGUACCCUGGCCGAGGCCUUGGGGAGCACAGCUACUGCCGUAACCCUGACAGAGAGUCCAACCCCUGGUGCUUCUUCAGACAGACCUCUGGGGCCAUCGGCUGGUCUUACUGCGACUGCCACCAGGGUGCAGCUCGGCUGGUGGGCGGGACAUCGUCAGGAAGUGGACGUGUGGAGGUGUACCUGAAUGGCCAGUGGGGGGCAGUGUGUGACUCUCAUUGGACAGACAGAGAUGCCAGUGUGAUCUGCAGACAGCUGGGACUGGGUGAGAUCGGCACAGCGUUGCAGCACUCCCGGUUUGGCUCGGGCUCUGGUCUCUUCCACUAUGAGCGGCUGGGUUGUCAUGGUGAUGAGAGCUCCAUCAGCCAAUGCCGGAGCAGGAGAUUUGUUACCGGGGAUUGUAGCCAUGGAAACGAGGCAGGAGUGGUGUGUGCUCCACCAGAAGGCAGUGGUCCUCCUCUACGAUUGGUUGGAGGAGAGGAAGACUUUGAGGGGCGUGUUGAGGUGUUCCAUGGCGGUAGGUGGGGCUCUGUCUGCGAUGACCAAUGGGACGACAGAGAUGCAGAGGUGGUCUGUCGACAGCUGGGCUUCGGGGGUGUGGCGAAGGCCUGGUCAUGGGCCCACUUCGGACAGGGCUCAGGUCCCAUUCAAUUGGACGCCGUAAGGUGUACAGGAAAUGAACUCUUCUUGGACCAGUGUCUUCAUGGAGACUGGGAACAACACAACUGUGACCAUAUGGAAGAUGCUGGGGUGUCCUGCAGCCCCUACACAGACGGUGUGGUCCGGUUGGUAGGAGGAGACAGUCCAUGGGAGGGUCGUGUGGAGGUGUUCCACUCUGGGGACUGGGGUACGGUGUGCGACGACCACUGGACUCAACAACACGCACAGGUGGUCUGUCGACAGCUCGGGUACAGGGGCCAUGCUGACGUCAUGGCUGACCGAACGUUUGGCGAGGGUUCCGGGCUCAUCCUAUUGGACGACAUUCGUUGUGAGGGGACGGAGUCAUCCCUGCUGGACUGUCACCAUGGCAUAUGGGGCCGUAGCGACUGUUCCCAUGGAGAGGACGUGGGCGUCCGUUGCAGAGCCGGAGCUAAAGAAGAAGAGACCAAUGAGGUCCCGGCUGUUGCACCUGCCACAGGUCCCCUGGUGCGUCUGGUAGGGGGUGGUAGCCAUAAGGAAGGUCGUGUGGAGGUGUAUCUCCAUGGAGACUGGGGAAGUAUCUGUGACUCAGGCUGGAGCAACCUGAACGCCGCCGUGGUCUGCAGACAGCUGGGCCACAGUGGUCAUGCGGUAGUGGUGGGUGGUUUCGGUCGGGGAAAGGGUCCCGUCCACCUGGACCAGGUGAGGUGUAGGGGGAAGGAGGACUUCCUGGGGGAGUGUCCAUCUCUGGGCCGGAGCCCUGAGGGCUGCAGACAGAGAGAGGAUGCAGCGGUGAGCUGUGACCCCGCCCCCCAGGCAACAGAGGGCCAAGUCAGGCCAAGUGAGCGCACCUGUGGAGUGAGGAAGGUUGUGGAGGAAGGGAACGAGAGGAAGAGUGGAGUGGGAGGAGGAGGAGAGAAUAUACUCGGCACGUCGUGGCCGUGGCAGGUGUCAGUGUGGUUGGGUUCUGAGGGGAAAGAUGGCCAUCCUAUUUGCAGCGGAACUCUGAUCACUCCCUGCUGGGCCCUCGCCUCCGCUCACUGCUUCACCAGGUUUGGUAUUGACCCGUCCCACUACGUUGUGCGCGUGGGGGGUUCCGACCGAACUCUGACCCUGGAGAAAGUGGUGGUCCACAGGAAGUUCAGGUCAGAUCAGGGCCCUGGGGGUCAUGACCUGGCCCUGCUGAGGGUGCCCAGCCCCAAGGGUCACUGUUUGACUUUUGACCCCCACACCAAUGCUGCCUGCCUCCCCACCCCGGAAACUGUGGGUGGCAAGACCCCCUCCUCCUGCAUCGCUGCGGUUACCGCAGGCUGGGACGGCCCAGAUGCUGUGCUACAGUCCUGGGUACCCCUCCUGUCGUCAUGGCAGUGUAAGAAGCGUUAUGGGGAUGGUUACUCUUCCCACGGCACGCUAUGUGCCGGCAGCCCCCCUGACACACGCCGUCUCCACAAGAACAACGGUUGCCAAGGCAACUGGGGUGGCGGGCUGGUGUGCCAGGGAGAUGAGGGGCGGUGGGUGUUGACCGGGAUUGUCUCCGGGGGUUACGGUUGCAGUGACCCCUCAACCCCGGCCCUCUACACACGGGUCGGCCGGUUCCGGCGCUGGAUCGAGGAGGUCACACAGCGGGAGCAGAACACACACAGUCAGGAGCACGAGGAGCUCACACACACGGAGGAGCGGAGCAUACUCGCAUACGUUUAUGACGAGCUGCAACACACACACUCCCAAGAGCAGAGCACACACACUGAUGAUCAAUUCAUACACACACAGCACAACAAUAUCCAUACACACGAUCACAAUGAGCAUAAACACACUCACACUCACAAUCUGCAAAGCAACACUCACAAUGAGCUCAAACACACACACAAUCAGCAUGCACAUACACACACUCACGAUAAACACUCCCAGACCCGCGAAGCUGUCACUCACACACACGCCCUGGUCUGAUCGAUGACACGCCAUUGGCUCACCGGCCGUGCCAUGUGACUUUCCGAGGAAGAGGCGGAAGAAUAGAUGAUAAAGGAGGAAGAGGAGGACAUGUUGGAAAAGAAGGAGGGGGAGAAAUAGGAAAAGACAUCAGAGAUCAGAGAUCCUCCUCUCCCUCUGCCUCCUGACCCAGACGAUGUAAACCUCUAAUAUUCAUGUCAACUCUGUCUGAUUAUUAUCAUAACUUAGCUGUGGUGUGUGUGUUACGCUAGCUGUGGGGUGUGUAUGUUACGCUAUCUCUGGUGUGUGUGUGAAACGCUAGCUGUGAUGUGUGUGUGUUACACUAGCUGUGGGGUGUGUGUGUGUGUUACGCUAGCUGUUUGGUGUGUGUGUUACGCUAGCUGUGGGGUGUGUGUGUAGCGCUAGCUGUGGGUUGUGCGUGUAACGCUAGCUGGUGUGUGUGUGUGUGUUACUCUAGCUGUGGGGUGUGUGUGUUACGCUAGCUGUGUGUUGUGUGUGUGUUACACUAGCUGUGUGUUGUGUGUAUGUUACACUAGCUGUGGUUUGUGUGUGUUACGCUAGCUGUGGGGUGUGUGUGUGUUACGCUAGCUGUUUGGUGUGUGUUACGCUAGCUGUGGGGUGUGUGUGUAGCGCUAGCUGUGGGUUGUGUGUGUAACGCUAGCUGUGGUGUGUGUUACUCUAGCUCUGGGGUGUGUGUGUUACUCUAGCUCUGGGGUGUGUGUGUUACGCUAGCUGUGGGGUGUGUGUGUUACGCUAGCUGUGGGGUGUGUGUGUUACGCUAGCUAUGGGUUGUGUGUGUUACGCUAGCUGUGGGGUGUGUGUGUGUUACGCUAGCUGUGGGGUGUGUGUGUGUUACACUAGCUGUGUGUUGUGUGUAUGUUACACUAGCUGUGGUUUGUGUGUGUUACGCUAGCUGUGGGGUGUGUGUGUGUGUUACGCUAGCU